AUGGUGUCCUUCACGGAGAGCCAGGACCAGAUGGUGCCAGGUCCCUGCAGUGCCAUGGAAAUGCUGGUCAUUGUGCUUCUGCUGGGGGCCACAGCCGCCGCCCCAGGCGCGGAGAUGCUGGUCUGGAGUCACCCCUGCGUGGCCCACUCCCAGCCCUGGCAGGCUGCCCUCUAUGCCCCCCAGGGCUACAACUGCGGGGGGGGGACCCUGAUCAGCCCAGAGUGGGUGCUCACUGCGGCACACUGCCACACCGACCUGACCCAGGUGCGCCUGGGGGCUCACGACCUGCGGCGACCCACCCAGGGCCAGCAGCUCAGGGGGGCCGUGCGCGCCAUCCGCCACCCCCGCUACGACCUGCGCACCAAAACCAUGACAUUUUCCGACUUCCUACAUUGCACGGACAUCAACACGGGCUCAGCAGUGUGUCAGACGGCAUACCCUGCGGGCGUGACCGAUAACAUGUUAUGUGCAGGGGUGAAGGAAGGAGGUGAGGACUCCUGCCAGGGUGACUCCAGGGGCCCUCUGGUCUGCGACAGAGAGCUCCAGGGCGUCAUUUCCUGGGGAGAGGUGGAGUGCGGCCUGUCCAACAAGCCUGGGGUCUACACCAGGGUCUGCAAAUUCCUGGGCUGGAUCUGCAGGACCAUGCGGGAGAACUGA